AUGAAAGCACCGGGGUGUUGGAGAAGAAAUGCGUCAGGGGAAUGCGAGGAAUGCGGCAAUGGCGUAAGUGCAUUCAGCAGCAGUGUGCUGGGGGAUAAAUCCGUGCCAUUUUUCUUCCGAGUCCAGGAGCAAGUAGGACAACUAAUUUAUCUAUCCACAGGUGACGAGGGUUCACGACGGUUGACAGUGACGCCAGGAGAAAAUCCGGAAGGAGAUUUAUCGCUGCCAAGAACAGCUAAUGUCUUAUCCUGUUGGGAAGCACAUUCGAGUUGCAUUCAAGACAAGGAAUGCAGAACAAUUUUAAGGGCAGUUUACUUGCUUUGCGGACACGAAACCGCAAAUAUAUACGACAUCGUGAAUGGCGCAGGUGAAGCAAUUAUGUAUAGAACUGCAGCCUUUUCUGACCUUAGUGCUGCUGCAGCUUCUUUUCGUCUUAUUUCCCGAGACAGGGUUUACUGGAAAUUAACUUUGUACCCAUUGAUUCUAAUCGACUCCAUGUUUGUGAAGUUGUUGAGGUCAUUCACACCAUUGUUGCCCUUCGAAGAUUUCAAGUUCAAUUCAAAUCAAUCAGUUUGA